AUGGAGCAGGAGGCUGCCCAGCUGGAGAAGCAGCACGUGCACAGCGUGUACGAGAACACCGCUGCCUACCUGCACCGCCUGCAGGGCAAGGCCUGGCCUCGUGUCCGCAGCUUCCUGCUGGCGCAGCAGCCUGGCAGCCUGGUUGCUGACAUCGGUUGUGGAACUGGAAAGUAUCUCAGUGUCAACAGCCAGGUCUAUAAUCUCGGCUGUGAUUACUGCAGACCACUGGUAGAGAUUGCAAGGAAGAGAGAUGAUGAAGUUCUGGUAUGUGACAACCUUAACCUUCCCUUUAGGGACCAGUGCUUCAAUGCAGCCAUUUCCAUUGGAGUGAUCCAUCACUUCUCGACUAAAGCCAGAAGAGUGAAGGCAAUACAGGAGAUGGCGAGGGUGCUGGUCCCCGGGGGCCAGCUGAUGAUCUACGUGUGGGCCAUGGAGCAGAAGAAGCGCCGCUUCGAGAAGCAGGAUGUCUUUGUUCCCUGGAACAAGGCCCUGUGCUCACGGCACCUCUCAGAGCCCAACCAGCCUGCAGGCAAGGCUGAGCUGGUGCACGCUCUGAAGAGCCAAGCCCUGCACCCUGCACAGCUGCUCCUCUCUGACUGCAGCUACCAAACCAGGCUGCAGCCAGAGACCGAGGCAAAGCAGGCCCACAGCACGGACCACUGCUUAUCCAGAGCCUGCUGCAUGAAGAUUUCUGAAGAAGAAAACAGAUUUUACAGCGCCCUGGGAAGGUCUCUCCGCUCAUGGUUCUUCUCCAGAUCCCUUGAUGAAUCAGCCCUGAGAAAGCAAACAGACAGAAUGAAGUCUCUGAAGAACGAAAGCGAGUGGGCAAACAGUGCUGUACCCAUCCAGCACUCGCGGCACUGCAGUUUGGAUUUGGGCCACCAUGGAGCGCUGCUAAAAGAACAAAGUCUGGAUGAUGAUGAUGUGUUCGUGGAAAGCCUGCCUCUCGAAAGACCACAGUGGUCACCAGCCACAGAUGCACUGCAAGAUUUAAGUUUGAAUGGAGGACACGGAAGCGUAGCUCAGAGGAGGAGUGACGAAGCUUCGCUUGUAAAUGGCCUGGGGGAAGACAGGAACUACAGCUGUGGUUGUCGCCAAGAUGGUGCUGACAAGCCUAAUGGCAGCAAGCUUUUCCAGAGGACUUCCACCACUGACUCCAAUGACUCUGCUCUGGAUUCAGCAGUGUCUGUGGGGGAGCAGCCUGCUGCCACGCUGGACAUGAGAGCCUUCAUGCGCUACUACCACGUGUUCCGGGAAGGGGAGCUGCAUGCGCUGGUGGAGGAGAACGUGCCUGAGCUGCAGAUCCUGUCCUCCUGCUAUGACCACGGCAACUGGUGCAUCAUUGCAGAGAAGAGAGGAGCACAGCUGUGA